AUGGUUGAUCUACACUGGAAAGCCAAGAUGGUCUCCUCCAAUCUCCCCAACUCCCUCCAAGUACAGAUCCCGGCGCCGGCGGCUCCGGCCUUCCGCGGCGUCACCAGUGUUUCACCGGUGUCGGCUUCCGACUCCGCCUGCUCAGCCUACGAGUCGUACCUCCGCCUCCCGGAGCUGAGGCAGCUCUGGUCCGACCGGGACUUCCCCGAGUGGAGUAAUGAACCGGUACUCAAACCGGCUCUCCACGCGCUGGAAAUCACUUUCCGGUUCGUCUCCACGGUUUUAUCCGACCCGAGACCGUACGCGAACAAGAGGCAGUGGAAGCGGCGGCUGGAGUCGCUGGCCACGGCUCAGAUCCAGCUCAUCUCCGCCCUGUGCGAGGACGACGACGGCGGCGUUGCGCCGGUCGUCGGACUCAGCUCCGGGAGCGGGGUUUUGGCGAGGGAGAGCAGCUACGCGGAGGUGUGGACGAUCCCCGGCGGCGGCGAGGAAGAUUCUUCCUCCGCCUCCGCCGUGGCGGUUAGCCGAGCCAGCGAGGCGAGCCUCCUCCCUCCGCUGUCCACGUGGCAGACGUCCGAGGACGUCGCGCAGAAGAUCAUGUACUCGAUCGAGUGCGAGAUGAGGCGGUGUCCCUACACGCUAGGGCUCGGCGAGCCGAAUCUCGCCGGGAAGCCGAACCUCGACUACGACGCCGUAUGCAAGCCGGCCGAGCUCCACUCCUCUUCCCUCAAGCGGAAUCCGUACGACCAGCAAAUCGAGAACCAAGAGAACCAGACUCUCUACACGGCGCACCAGAUCCUCGAAUCCUGGAUCCAGGUCGCCAAACAGGUGAUUACUCGGCUCACGGAGAGAAUCGCGGCGGAGGAAUUCGAGGCGGCAGCGAACGAUUGCUACUUUUUAGAACAGAUCUGGAAGCUUCUCGCGGAGAUCGAAGAUCUCCACCUCCUAAUGGACCCGGACGAUUUCCUCAAACUGAAGAACCAGCUCUCGAUCCGGUCGGCGGCGGCGGAGACGGAGCCGUUCUGCUUCCGGUCGCGGUCGUUGGUGGAGAUCACUAAAUCCUGCAGAGAGCUGAGGCAUAAGGUGCCGGGGAUUCUCGCGGUGGAGGUGGAUCCAAAGGGCGGGCCGAGGAUUCAGGAGGCGGCGAUGAGGCUGUACAGGGAGAAAUCCGAUUCCGAGAGGAUUCACCUGCUGCAGGCCUUGCAGGCAGUGGAGGCGGCGCUGAAGAAAUUCUUCUACGCGUACAAGCAGGUCCUCGUGGCGGUGAUGGGGAGCCUGGAGGCGAAGGGGAACUCCGCCGGGGCGGCGGUGGUCGUCGCGAGCUCCGACUCGUUGACUCGGUUGUUUCUGGAGCCGACUUAUUUCCCCAGCUUGGACGCUGCCAAGACGUUUCUUGGGAAGUUCCACGAAAGGAGGAAUACGAGGCAGUAA